CGGCGCGGGCGGCGGCCGGAGGCGGGGGCUCCCCGCGCGCGGACACCCAGCCGCCCCGCCGCCCGCGCCCGCGCCCCGGGCCGCGCACCAUGUGAGCGCCCGCGCGCGACGCCGAGCCCCCGGGACCAUGGGGGACGCCGCGGACGCGCGGGAGCUGCGGAGGACGUUCAUCGUCCCCGCCAUCAAGCCCUUCGACCACUACGACUUCGCGCGGGCCAAGGUCGCCUGCAACCUGGCCUGGCUGGUGGCCAAGGCCUUCGGCUCAGAGAAUGUGCCGGAGGACCUGCGUGAGCCCUUCUACACGGACCAGUACGACCAGGAGCACGUGAAGCCUCCUGUGGUGCAUCUGCUUCUGUCGGCCGAGCUGUACUGCCGGGCGGGGAGCCUCAUUCUCAAGAGCGAUGCUGCCAAACCACUCCUGGGCCACGAUGCGGUGAUCCAGGCGCUGGCCCAGAAGGGCCUUUACGUCACCGACCAGGAGCGGUUGGUGACCGAACGAGACCUCCAGAAGAAGCCCAUUCAGAUGAGCGCCCACUUGGCGAUGGUGGACACUCUGAUGAUGGCCUACACCGUGGAGAUGGUCAGCGUGGAGAAGGUGGUGGCGUGCGCCCAGCGGUACUCGGCCUUCUUCCAGGCCACCGACCUGCCCUAUGACAUCGAGGACGCCGUCACGUACUGGAUGAACAAGGUGAACGAACACUUGAAAGACAUCAUCGAACAGGAACAGAAACUGAAAGAGCCCCACCCUGCGGAGGCACCGGGAGGGCAGAAGUCUCCUUCCAAAUGGUUUUGGAAACUGGUUCCUGCUCGUUACAGGAAAGAGCAAGCGCUGCUGAAGCAGCUGCCCUGCAUCCCGCUGGUGGAGAACCUGCUGAAGGAUGGCGCGGACGGCUGCGCGCUGGCCGCCCUCAUCCACUUCUACUGCCCUGGGGUCGUCAGGCUGGAGGACGUCUGUCUGAAGGAGACCAUGUCCUUGGCCGACAGCCUGUACAACCUGCAGCUGGUGCAGCAGUUCUGCCGCGAGCACCUGGCGCGGUGCUGCCACUUCGCCCUGGAGGACAUGCUCUACGCCGCGACCUCCAUCAAGAGCAACUACCUGGUGUUCAUGGCGGAGCUGUUCUGGUGGUUCGAGGUGGUGAAGCCGUCCUUCGUGCAGCCUCGCGUCGUCCGCCCGCACGGAGCCGACCCUGCGCACGACCUGCCUGCAGCGGCCCCAGGGAGCCCCUCGGACAGCUGCCCCCACUCUGCCCAUGGCGCCAGCGGGGAAGGGGCGGCGCCCCCACACUCCCGGCACCUGCUGUCUAGACAGUCCCGCCCCCACGCUCGGGCGGCAGCCUCAGGAGGAAUUAGGAGAUCUUCAUCUAUGUCUUAUGUUGAUGGCUUCAUAGGGACGUGGCCCAAAGAGAAAAGAUCGUCAGUGCACGGAGUUUCAUUUGAUAUUUCUUUUGAUAAAGAAAACACUGUACAGAGACUCACUCCAAACCAAGGGAUCACUCGCUCUCUUAGUAACGAAGGGCUUUCUCUCAACAACAACCGUGUUCCUAAAAACAUCCGGAGGAACCCGACCUUCAGGCCGGUGAGUGGAGAAGAGGAGGCAGAGAGCAUUGAGGAGGAGCUGGGCGUGGACUCGCACAGGGACCUCCAGGUCCACGUGCCCCUUGCUGUGGACACACUGAGCCCCGACGAGAAGGCCUACUGCAGGCUCCCGAACGGAGCCUUGCGGAGCAGAGCCCUCCUGGACGAGCUGGGCCACCAGACCGAGACCCCGAGCAUCGAGGAGGCGCUGCAGAUCAUCCACGACACUGAGCAGACCCCGCACGGGCUGCCGCUGGAGCCGCGGGCCGGCGGCUUCUUCCUCCACGGCCAGGAGCUGAGCGUCCUCAGCGCGAACCUGCGGCUGCCCCAGACCGGCCCCGACCCCAUCACCGACACCGGCGGCGCCUUGAGUCCUGUCACUGACGACACGGAGGUGGACACCGGCAUCCACGUUCCCUCCGAGGACAUCCCCGAGACCGUGGACGAGGAGUCGUCGCUGCGGGACUACACGGUCAGCCUGGACUCGGACAUGGACGACACCUCGAAGCUCCUCCAGGACUACGACCUGCAUGCCGGCGGCCCCCGCGAGGCCUCCAGCCCCUGUCCCAGCACCGUGAGCACCAGGUCUCAGCCCGGUAGCAGCGCGUCCUCCAGCUCCGGGGUCAAGAUGACCAGCUUCGCGGAGCAGAAGUUCCGGAAGUUGAAUCACACCGACGGGAAGAGCAGCGGGAGCAGCUCGCAGAAGACGACCCCCGAGGGCUCGGAACUGAACAUCCCCCACGUGGUCGCCUGGGCCCAGACCCCGGAGGAGGCCGGUCCCCCACAGCCGCGGGACAGCACGCAGCUGCUGGCCUCCGAGAUGCUGCAGCUGCGCAUGAGGCUGGAGGAGAAGCGGCGGGCCAUCGAGGCCCAGAAGAAGAAGGUGGAGGCGGCUUUCACCAGGCAGAGGCAGAAGAUGGGCAGGACGGCCUUCCUCACCGUGGUGAAGAAGCGGGGGGACGGGGCGGCCCCGCUGCGAGAGGAAGCGGCCGGGGCGGAGGACGAGAAGGUGUACAGCGACCACGCCAGGGAGAAGGAGCCGCCGAGGGCCGGCGGGCAGCGGAGCCGGUCGCUGGCGGACAUCAAGGAGAGUGCCGAGGGCCCCCCUGCCCCGUGGCCCAAGUCACCCACGACGCCGGUGGAGCCGGAGAAGCAGUGGGGCCCGGCGAGCCCCGCGGAGGAGGCAGCGGGCGAGGGGGAGGUGCUGGAGUACACACGCUCCAUUGAGAAGCUGAACGCGUCCCUGCACUUCCUGCAGCAGGAGAUGCAGCGCCUGUCGCUGCAGCAGGAGGUGCUGAUGCAGAUGCGGGAGCAGCGGUCCUGGGUCAUCGCGCCGCCCCAGCCCUCCCCGCUCAGGCCGGGCCGGGAGCCCAGGCCCCCGGGCGGCGCGGCCUUCUCAGAGCCCCCGCGCCCUGCCCACCCGUCCCCCCAGCCUUCCCACAGGAAGGGCCCUCCGCCCUCCGCCAAGAACCAGAGGACUCCCCGGCCCAACGAGCUGAAGAUCGCGCCCCUGACCCGCACGCUGGCCCCCCCGCGCUCCGUGGACAGCCUCCCUCGGCUGAGGAGGUUCUCCCCGAGCCAGGUGCCCAUUCAGACCCGCUCGUUCGUGUGUUUCGGGGACGACGGGGAGCCGCAGCCGAGGGGGCCCGGGCCCAAGGAGGAGGCCAGGAAGGAGGCCUCGGACCCGGGGGAGGCCCCGGAGCGGCACGCCCCGCCCUCGGGAGAGAAGGAGGUGAGACCCCUGGAGUCGACCGUUUCCGAGGUCCUGUCGCAGCCCGUCACGGAGACCGUGUGUCUGACCCCAAACGAGGGCCCGCCAAGCCGACCUGCAGAGCCCCCUCCCCGGCCCGCCUUCCCCCCUGCCGCGCCCAAGAACGCCAGUCUCAUCGAAGUCUCCCUCUCGGACCUGAAGCCCCCCGUGAGGGCGGAUGUGUCCGCCGAGAAAGGGGACGGGGAAAGCGACAGAGAGCAGGUGGACGAGGACCAGAAGGUGUGCUGCGGCUUCUUCUUUAAGGACGACCAGAAGGCGGAGGACGACAUGGCGCUGAAGCGGGCGGCCCUGCUGGAGAAGCGGCUCCGCAGGGAGCAGGAGACGCAGCUGCGCAAGCAGCAGCUGGAGGCGGAGCUGGAGCACAGGAAGGAGGAGACCAGGCGGAAGACGGAGGAGGAGCGCCAGAGGAAGGAGGACGAGCGGGCGCGCAGGGAGUUCAUCCGGCAGGAGUACCUGCGGCGAAAGCAGCUGAAGCUCAUGGAGGACAUGGACACGGUGCUCAAGCCCCGGGCCCCGGCCGCCAGGCAGAAGAAGCCGCGCCCCAAGUCCAUCCACAGAGACCACGUGGAGUCCCCCAGGACGCCCACCCAGGGGCCUCCAGUCUCCAGCCUUUCCCUGGCGUCACUGACCACGGGCGACAGCGAGAGCGUGCACUCUGGCAAGAGGACCCCCAGGUCGGAGUCCGUGGAGGGCUUCUUGUCGCCCAGCCGCUGCGGCAGCCGGAACGGGGAGAAGGACUGGGAGAACGCCUCGACCACGUCCUCGGUGGCCUCGGGGACGGAGUACACAGGACCAAAGCUGUACAAGGAGCCCAGCGCCAAGUCCAACAAGCACAUCAUACAGAACGCGCUGGCGCACUGCUGCCUGGCCGGCAAGGUGAACGAGGGCCAGAAGAGGAAGAUCCUGGAGGAAAUGGAGAAGUCGGACGCCAACAACUUCCUGAUCCUGUUCAGGGACUCGGGCUGCCAGUUCCGGUCCCUGUACACUUACUGUCCCGAGACGGAGGACAUCUCCAAGCUGACGGGGAUCGGCCCCAAGGCCAUCAGCAAGAAGAUGAUCGAGGGGCUGUACAAGUACAACUCGGACAGGAAGCAGUUCAGCCACAUCCCCGCCAAGACCUUGUCCGCCAGCGUCGACGCCAUCACCAUCCACAGUCACCUGUGGCAGACCAAGAGACCCGUGACGCCCAAGAAGCUGCUGCCCUCGAAGGCGUAGGGCUGGCCGCGGCCGCCCCCGAGCUGCGGGGCACACGCGCCCUUCCGCUCCCCACCUGGAGAGCACCCGUGUGAUUGCCAACGAGACCUGUGGUCGCCAGGCCCCGCCGCAGGGCAGCCAGCGCGCCCUGUGGAGACGGAACAGGGGCAGUGUCCCUGGGGCGCCUGCCAGGCGCUGGGGGCGAGGCCCUCACUGUCACACACUGGUCGGACUAACGGUGGGAAUAUGGCUGAGGUUACAAAUUAGGGGUUUAUCUGUUGCUUUUUUUUAACUUUUCAUGUAUGUGCUGUCUCCCGAGGGUUUGUCUUGUCCUUCCUGUCCAUGGGCUCAUCCUACCGCACUUUAGGGUUUUGUUUUGCGUGGAGAUGGUGUGAGGGGGGCGCGCGCCCGCCCGGGGUGUCCGGAGGAGCCCCGAGUGUCCAUGGUGUCGGAACCCCGCUCGGCGUUCUCCGCCGUGGACGUAUUUAUUACUCAUGCAAGUAUUAACUCUUCUCGGUGAACUGAGGGGGUGUCGUGAAGAGCUGCUAGCAGAUUGGCUUUAAACCACGUGAGCUUAACCAGGCGUGGCAGGAAGGCGCGGCUGACUCGGUCAGUGCUGUUCUGCACCACUCGCCGCCGGGAGUGGCUCCGAGCGCGCACGGGGCUGCCUCGCUCAGCGGGAGCUGCUUGGAGCAGUGGGGCGAGGGCCUGGGAGGGACACCGUCCUGAAGGCAGAGGUGUCCUGCCAGUCUCGCCGUCUUUCCCCCGUGUUUGUAACUGAUACGGAAUUAUAGUUAGAGUUUUUAAACAUGUGCGAAGGGCUACACUUUAAUUUUAAAGCAGCGUCCCAUCCCUUCACUCACAUCGAGUUCUCGUCCCGUCCCCUGCAAGAGCGGCGCAGUCCAGCACCCUCGCAGCCCCUUCGCGGGCGUGCGUGGAGGGCCGGCGGGCGCACCUCCGUUCUCAGGAAAAGACUCGAGCGAUCGCGUGACUGUCCUGUGUCAGUGUUGUGACCCCGUGUGACUUAGGGGCGUCAGUAUUGCGUCACAUGCGAGGUGCCCUGCCGGUUCCCUUUGGUGGGAAGCAGAGGCCGGAGUGCGGGCCUCCCCCACUCAGGGUAGGGAAGCAGCCAGUGCCUGCUGGGACGCGCCCCGGCUCCACACCGAGUGGAGCCCGGGCAUUCCGUCCUGCGUCACAGGGCUGGCUGGCCUCCGGCACCCGAGCUCCGACGGCCUCAGACGCUGUUGCUGCUUUACUGUAACUUAUGUUCUUAUAUUUAUGUAUAUUUGUUAAAACUGUAAAAACAGUCACAGAUUCUUUUCCAAUAUCUGUGCAAGAUACAUGUGUAGCUCAAAACUCUUUGUGACCUGCUGUUUGCAUGUGAGAGACCAGGCUGUGUAACUCCUGUCCUUUCAGUGUAUACAUACGGUGUAUAUAGUGUACGAACAUUAAAACCGGGAAUCGCA